AUGGGUAUGCGCGUUAUUGCCAUCGACGGCGGCGACGCCAAACGCGAUCUCUGCCGCUCUCUUGGUGCCGAGAGGUUUAUCGACUUCACUACAUGCUCGGACAUCACUUCCGAGAUCAUGAAGAUUACUACUUAUGGCGCUCAUGGCGUGAUCGUUUUCGCAGCAACGAAAGCAGGCUACGAACAAGCGCCAAACUUGCUGAGACCCAACGGCACGAUGGUGUGUGUAGGUCUACCGAAAGAUUCGUCGAUCAUUGCGGGAGCUAGUCCAAUCCUGAUGUGCCUCAAUAGAUUGAAUGUUGUGGGAAGCGUGACAGGAACGCUAAAGGACGUUGAGGAGGCACUCGACUUUACUUCGCGAGGACUGGUACAUCCGAUUCUGAGUCAUGGUGGUUUGGAGGAUAUUGAUCGGUUCUGUGCAGGCAUGAAUGCAGGGAAGCUUGCUGGACGGGCUGUUAUCAAGAUCGCUGCGUAG